CAGGAGCGGAAAAGAGGGGUGGCGCGAGGGGCGGAGCGCAGUUUCUGCAGAGGACAAGGGACGCUCUCGCUGCAGGUCUGACUUCACCCAAAAUGAGCGAUCGGGAUGACGGUAACGACCCUGACCUGCAAGCCUGCGGGCAGACUCCUCCAGAGCAUGCCCCGGGAUAUCCAGACCUAAACCCGUGCCAGGGCGAGGAAACCGAGGUGACACAAGUGAUGGCGGACACAGGUGAGGGCGCUUUGGGGACCACCGCGGAGGGAGGCGCACCCCGGGACCCCGCCGGCGGUGGCCCCGUGCUUCGCAUCCGAGUUGCUGGCAUUCGCGGCCGUGCCGCCACCAAAGCCGGCCAGAAAGAGGCUCCAUCUCCCGCUGAUGGCCUGGAGGUUGCCGCUGCUGCCGCCUCGGUGGUUACUGACAAUAGCCAGGAAAAUGGCUGUCAGCGUAGAGAGCCUCGCUGCCCUGCUGGGGAGAAAGCUCUAGAAGCCUGUGGCGCUGGGGGCUUGGGGUCUCAUUUGAUGCCUCGGGCGAAGGCCAAGGAAAUGACGACCAAAAAGUGCGUAGUCUCAGCGGCAUUGGAAAAGGAGGGAGGAGCAGAGGAGGUGGUGGAGGAAAAGAAGAUGAUACAGAAGGAAAAAAAGGUGAUAGGAGGACUGAAAGAGGAGUCACGGCCUAGGGCCCCGAAGAUCAAUAACUGCAUGGACUCACUAGAGGCCAUUGAUCAGGAGCUGUCAAACGUGAAUGCCCAGGCUGACAGGGCCUUUCUUCAGCUGGAGCGCAAGUUUGGCCGCAUGAGAAGGCUCCAUAUGCAACGCAGAAGUUUCAUUAUCCAGAAUAUCCCAGGUUUCUGGGUCACUGCCUUUCGGAACCACCCCCAGCUGUCACCGAUGAUCAGUGGCCAAGAUGAAGACAUGAUGCGGUACAUGAUCAAUUUGGAGGUGGAGGAGCUUAAACACCCCAGAGCAGGCUGCAAAUUCAAGUUCAUCUUUCAGAGCAACCCCUACUUCCGAAAUGAGGGGCUCGUCAAGGAAUAUGAGCGCAGAUCCUCUGGUAGGGUGGUGUCUCUUUCCACCCCAAUACGUUGGCACCGGGGCCAAGACCCCCAGGCCCAUAUCCACAGGAAUCGGGAAGGAAACACUAUCCCCAGUUUCUUCAACUGGUUCUCAGACCACAGCCUUCUAGAAUUCGACAGGAUUGCUGAGAUUAUCAAAGCAGAACUGUGGCCCAAUCCCUUGCAAUACUACCUGAUGGGUGAAGGUCCUCGAAGAGGAAUACGAGACCCAGCAAGGCAGCCAGUGGAGAGCCCCAGGUCCUUCAGGUUCCAGUCUGGCUAACUCCUGCCUCUAUGUGAAGGUCCUGCACAAGCUUCCUUACCACCUCCUCUUGGACCUAUGCUUGGCCAACAGCAUGCAGUCUUCCAUCUGCUUUCUCUUGGCACUGAAUAAUUUUGUACUUUGGUUCUUCAACAAUCUUCUCAAUCUUCAACCAUCAUUUGCUAGAUUAUCAUUUAAUAUGCCAAUCUCUUCUUCCUCUGGGCCUUCGUUCUGUUCUGCAUUGUAUUAUGUGUUCCAAGUGCAUGGCCUUCCACUGCUUCUAAGCCAAGCCCAUGAUCCUGUAGAUAUGCACUGCCUUCCUUUGCAUGCCUUGGACCCUAUCUGUGACUGUGGUCUUCUCUCCGUUUUUCAAGUGGUUAUCUACCACAAAGAAGCUUGAAACGUCUUUGCAAAUGACUAACUGGGCUUCAUACUUAAUGCUGGCUGUGCUCUUGCUGCCCAGGUAUUCUAUGGCAAACUCUUUGAAUUUCAUCGCUGCAAGAUGAGGCUGAUAUCUAGGCUGAUAGAUGAUGCCAGCCAUCAAUCCAAAUUGGACAUUUCCAGGCUACCGCUAACUGUAUCCCAACUGCCUUCCUGGGCCCUGGUGGUUAUUGGCAGAAUAAGCAGAUGGCUGGUGGGUGGCUGCUGGGUGUGAAUGAGGUAACUAUGUUAUCUUUGUUGGUACGUUGGCCCUAUGCCUUUGGUUACUCUGCAUCAUGACCAGGUAUUGGUGAGUAUUAAGGCCUGUUCUGUGAUCCACCCAACCUGCUGUCAUUUUUCUGGAUGAAAAUGCCUGAUUCCUUAGGAACUAUCUGUGGACUUAAGCUCUUUGGUGCCUCACAGAUACCCUUCCCCCAACCCCCCUCCCACCCACCCCCAAUGGUAACCCAGAAGCCCAGUUGGCUAUAGUCAUAGGUGGCUGUGCUCAAAGCAAGAGUAGAAUGGGAGUCCUUUCCAGCAAUUAGCCUUUCCGAGCCCCAACCAACAACACAAGCUUGUCUAGGUAACUUCCUUAGGGAUCCCACUCCUAAACCCACCCCGAGCCCUUUUUGAACAUAAUGUAGUUGCCAGGCUGGGGGCACCAAGGGAGAGGUAUUUGUGGUCUGUGGGACCUGUUACUCCUCUGAUUUUGUCUGUUCCUCUCUCCCCUCUCGCCCUCUCACUUCUGCCGCCAUGCUCCUUUUGUACUCUUCUUCCCAAAAUACUAACUCCUCCCUCUCACUAAUGGAGUUACUGCUCACAGACAAAAUGAAACUGGCAAAGCAGCCUUUUUGUUUAAUUUUGCUCUUUCCUUGAUUGUGUCCAGAGGAAGAAAGGUACUUACAGUAGGCUUCAGAUCUUGUAUUGUCCUCUUCUGCCCUCAUGCCUCCAUCCCACUUCCUAUAGCAAGGUCUAAAUGUUUCAAAGAGAGAGCUAAAGGUUAAUUAGAUGGGAUUGUAUUCUUUUAGGCCAACUUUGACAAACCCACCCUUUCCCAUUAUCCAUUACCUUGGCAAACCUGUGGUUUUUGUUUGUUUUAGCACUUUAGUUCGUGAAACUUGGAGGAGAGAGAGAAGGGCCUCACAGUGAAGGGUUCAAGACAGACCCAGAACAGGUAGUUGGUUUCCCUCUACUUUUCUAAAGAUGGAAAUUCUUUUUUGGGGCCUUGGGCCACUUAGAAAUAACCCUAUGGCAGCAUUUUGGGUCAGUUCUUUGCCAACUUAAUGUCCUAGGGACUUCCAUCCUAUUGGGCCUUUUCACUCUGAGUCUUCAGCUUCCCCAUUUCCUUCCCUGCUUCUAUACAACAAAGGAGGGAGCAGGCUGUAUUGCGGGAGAUGCCAAGCCUCACAGGAAGGGAGUAAAAGGUUGUGUGGUGUCUUUCUGGAUUUCUGGGACAAGUUCCAGGAGUUGGGACAGCAAUGCUGUCAGGGCUCUUACUUGUGGAGAUGUGUGGUGCGCUAAGUUCCCUGAGGACUUGGGAGAUGUUGGGAGAGCAGUGGGGAGGGUGCUCUAGUCUGGGGAAAUUAAAAGUUUAGAAACAGAAAUGAGCCUGAGGAGUGGGCUUGGAAAGGCAGACAGGAAGGUGUGGAACCCUGCAGGUUCAAAGGGAAGACCUCUGAGGCUUUCUGUAGGAAUGGUGGAGAAUCAAGUGGUUGAUGUUUAAAGAGGAUCGUUGGAGAAGGGAUUUCCUGUUUUUCCUAACUCCUUCAAUUUGCCAAUAGAUCUUUGUACCCAAUAAUGCAAAUCUGGAUGUUUUCUCUCUCUAGGUUAUUCUAGGAGUGACCUUUUAUAUGUACAAGAUAAAUGGUAUUUGCUCUUUAUUUCACUGUGCUUGAGUAAAAUCCUAUUCCUUCAUUUUUGCUUGCUAGCAAAACUGACAUUUACAGGCCUGCUUUUUGCUUGUAAUUGAGAAUAUGUGCAAAAUAUCAAACUUGUUUCUUGUGUAGUAUGAAGCCUUCUGUGACUAUUAAUCUAUCAGCUUGUUCUGGUCUCUUCAUAUAUAGCUCUAGUCUUAGAAACAAUUUCAAUAAUGUGAUCUUUAAAGAGUCUGAAAUUUUGCAAAUUGUUGCUGUGUCUUGUGGAAGUAAUCUCACAAAGAAAAACCUGUUGUCUUUCUUGAUAUUCCUUGUCCUAGUGGUAAUGUUGUACUUGAAAUGUUCCUAACCAGUGUAAGUACUUGUCGAAUUGCUCUGUCAAACUUAAACAAGAUCAUUAGAACUUUUGUCUUCUCCUAUGUGCUUGAAGGAAAAAUAAAAUUUGUCACUCUGCUGUUUGUUUUCACCAAAAUAAAUGCAUAAAUAAAUGAAUAAAUAAAGUUUUCUCUGUGUUGUUUAGGCUAAUUAAAGUUACCUUAAUGGUCACAGUAAGUCCUUGAGGAUUUAAACAAAAUAAAAAGGCUACAGUCACUAAACCUUCCAAGAUUUUUUGUUUGGCAAAUGUUAAUAAGAAGCCCAAAUGCAACUGCAUACUCUUUAACCUAGUUUUCCCUAUACAACCAGUCAGGU